GCAGCUGGCUACAACUCGCCAGAGCCGCAGAGGGCAGUCAAAGCCGACGCCUGUUGCAUCUUUGCCACUUACGGUUUAGUGAUAUCGAAUGACGUGGGACAUCUGCAGUGUGAACACAAAAGAGCGUGGCGUGACGACCAGGAUCGACUCUCAUCGAAGAUUUACCACUCUUGUGUUCCCAAGUCACCUAGUGUGGCAUAGUUCAUAGCCAGCGAAUGCAGUACUGCCAAAUCGUGGUUUUGCCGCUGGACAAAGCAGCAGCCGAGAAGGAGACCGGCGUUGGGAAUCGGCUACGGGAGCUGACUGACGGCUACGACCGCCAUUGCAAGUAAAUCUGCUUCCUCGACGCUGCCUCGCCUAAACUCGCCUCACACCCAUGCGUUGGCUCGGGCAGGCCCGCCAUCUCCAGGAGAAACGAUUCGUGUUGUCGAAACGAGGAAAGCGAAAACGUCAGCCUGUUGGGAACUUUAGGGGGUUUGUCCGUGGUAGUAUUGCCUUACGUGGUGUCAGCGAGGUUGAGGUGGAAGGAAGAAACGUUGCUUUGUGGAAUCGUCGUACAGAGCUUCCUGUCGAAGACAAGACGACUUGCAGAAUUCGUCUUCGCAGCCAGUACUGAAGCUACAGGUAGAAUCUGCCAAGCAGUGUGCGUGUGUGAAGGAUGAGGUCAGCGUUGUUUGUUGCGCUGGUCGUAUCGUUUGGAUUCGUCACGAUCAGUGCUCAAGAUUGCAAGGAUGCGGCGAAUUGCUCGCAAUGCAUAGACAUAUCGCCCGGGUGUAUGUGGUGCUCUGAACGGGAUGAAAAAUGGUCGACUGGGCGGUGCAGCACCAACGCACUCGGCUGUGAUCCCGCGCAUAUUGUUCACCCGCAGUCCGAGAUGAAAAUACAGAGUAAUUUGCCACUAGAGGGACAGGUGCAAGUUGCCCCACAAAAGUUCUUUGUUCGCUUGAGACCCCACGAGCAAGUGCAGAUGAAGAUCAAGCUACGCCCUCAGCCCAACUACCCUCUGGAUGUGUAUUACCUAAUGGAUCACUCCAACUCCAUGAAGGAUGAUCUCGAUACACUCAAGCUCAACUCGGUUUCACUCGCCAAUGCCAUCCGGUCCGUUUCGAACAACUACCGCAUCGGGUACGGUUCCUAUGUGGACAAGACCACCGCACCGUUUGCACUCAUGCAGGGAUUUAAUGUGCUGUAUCCAUGCGCAGGCUGCAAGAAACCCUACAGCUUCACCAACACCCUGCCCUUGAUCAACGACUCGCAGUUGUUUCAGAUGGCGGUGCAACGUGAGACCAUAUCGGGUAACAUCGACACGCCUGAAGGAACCCUGGAAGCUCUGAUGCAGACCACGGUCUGUGAAGAGGUGAUUGGCUGGCGUAAGGAAGCGAGGAAAGUCAUCAUCAUCGCCACUGAUGCAAACUACCAUGCUGCAGGAGAUGGACGGCUUGCAGGAAUAGUAACGCCAAAUGACGGCAAGUGUCACACAAACCCGGAGGGAGAUUACACGGCCGGUCUGCACCAGGACUACCCGUCCAUCAGCUUUCUCAAUUACAAGAUGCAACAGGCGGAUAUUCUGCCCAUCUUUGCCGUCACGCAAGACGCUGAGCCGGCAUAUUUGGCAUUAUCGAGGAGAAUGCCUGGUUCGGUUGUGGAGAUCCUGACCAAGAACUCUUCCAACAUCGUCAACAUUGUGCAACGGGAGUUAGCCAAUCUGAUCAAAGAAGGUAAAGUGACUGUUCUGCCUCACAGUGGUGUGCAAGUCAGCAUCACAGCCGAGUGUCCGAUGAAUGCCGGCGCUGUUCUGGAUACAGACACAGGUUUCGAGAAGUGUGUCAACAUGGCCGUAGGAAGACUGGCUACCUUCCAUGUAUCUCUGGUUGCUGAGAACUGUGAUACACUGAAGAAUCUGAAAAAUAUCACGAUUCGCUUUGCUGGUUUUGGUGACUCCGUCAUCAACAUUGAACCGCUGUGUGAGUGUGAUUGUGAUCAGAAUCCGAUCCACUACUCCGAGUGGUGUGACUUCCACGGCUCCGACUACUGCGGCAUCUGCCAUUGCAACGAAACCUACAAAAGUGAAAAUGGCCGGUGCGAUUGUCGGGAUACUCUACAAAGCUGCAUAAACCCGAACACGGGACUAGUGUGCGACAACCGUGGACAGUGUAUCUGUGAACGGUGUGAAUGCGACAAACCAGCCUUUGACAAUCAGAUCAUCUACGGUAACUUCUGCCAGUGUGAUAACUUCAGCUGUCCCCGUGAUGAUGCCGGUCGCGUCUGUGGAGGAACGGUACGCGGUGAAUGCGAGUGCGGUGUGUGCGCGUGCAAGAACAACUAUACUGGCAUUGCCUGCAACUGCACGCAUGUCACAGAGACCUGCAAAGCCCCCGGUGACCUGAAACGUCUGUGUCGUAACGAAGGUAUGUGCGAGUGCGGACAGUGCAAGUGCACGGACGGGUUUGCCGGUGAAUUCUGCGACGUCUGCACAGCUAACCCGGAUAAGUGUGCGCAAAUCAGUAUCUGUGGCCGUGCCGCACACUGCUUGAGUUGUCCAGAGUUCGGCGGUGGUGAGAACUGCAAAGACUGCUCUGGCACGCGCACUAUAGCCACGCCAGCCGGGCUGGAUCACUACAUCGAAGGUAUUGAGGCUACGCGAUGUGAGCACACAGACGAGGAUGACUGUGAUUUUUUCUUCUGGGUGGCGGUUAAAGAAGACGGGACUUUCUUACCAUUAGAAAUCGAGGAGGAAAGAGUCUGUCCGAAGCCGUUCAACUACAUAGCGCUGACGAUCGGUAUUAUCUUUGCAUUGUUCUUCAUUGGCCUUGUGGCCCUGCUCAUAUACAAGGCUAUCACAUACCUGAAGGAUGAAUACGAGUACAAACAGUUUAUGAAGGCACAGGCCACACAACAAUGGUCCAAGGAAAGCAAUCCGUUCUACAAGAACCCAACGCAAGUCUUCAUCAACCCACAGUAUGAGGGCAGAGAUCGGUAGCUGCUCGUUGAGCCGCCAUUUACUGCGAUGUUCACCAGUUGAUACAAGAUAAAACCCAGUUGCUGGAGAUUUUCCUGCAUUGUUCAUACAUUUCCAAACUAAGUUUACUCAGUGCUGCCGUGUUUUCGCAAUUAUUUUGGUUCCCUCCCCUCCCUCUGUCUCCCCAGUGCUCUCCCAUUUUUCCUGAGAUAUCUUUACUGGCCCUCCUAAAUAAAGUAAUAAUAUUUUCAAAUGCAACAACAGCUUUCGACUUUUCCCUCUACUGUUUCUCCUAUUUGAAAUUUUCUUGUUAUUUCCCACAGCUGGCUGCAAAUCUUUCAUACUAAUAACAUUGAGCAAAAUGAGUAAUUGAAUACAUUAUAAUUAUGCAAAACAGUUA